CCCUCUGCCCGGGAAAAGCCUCCUCUCCCGCCGGGCCGGCAGGUCAGGCAAGUGUAGCUCGGCCUGGCGCUGAAUCGCUGUUCAGUCGAGUUCAGUCAGUACAGCAGUGCGCCCGGGGCAGGAUACGUACGCAGCGCGCAACACAGCAGCAUGGCAACGUCAACACAAGGUUGGGUGGCGCUCGCGGUGGCGUGCCUCGUGAGCUCUGCGGUGGCCGCCCCCCAGCAGCCGUCGGCCGCGGCGCUCACGCCCCCGAAGGAGCCCGCGCGGCCGCUGUGCGUGGAGGAGGCGCAGCUGAUGCAGGCGUCGCCCGUCAACGCGCUGCAGGCGCUGAGCGACGGCCAGCGGGCCUUCUCCGUCAGCCUGCUGCGCCACCUGGCCGCCACCACCGAGGGCAACCUGUUCGUGUCGCCGCACUCCAUCUACCAGGCGCUGCUGCUCGCCUACUUCACGGCGGCCGGCCACACGGAGCGCGCCGUCAAGAGCGUGCUGCAGCUGCCCGAGGACGUGGGCAAGGUGCCCAUCAUGCACGCCUACAAGUUCGACGAGAAGAUGCUCGAGGCGCGCGCCGCCAACUCGUCCAGCUACGAGCUGCGCUCCGCCAACCGGCUCUUCAUUGACCAGUCGCAGCCCGUGCGAGAGUGCCUCGCCGGCAUCCUCCAGGACACGGAACUGCAAACCAUGGAUUUCGCCCACAACCCGGCUCAGGCUCGCCAGACCAUCAAUCAGUGGGUGGAGUCUGUUACUAAAGGUCAAAUCCGAGACCUCAUUCCGGAAGACGGUGUUCACGAACAAACCAAGCUGAUCCUGGCCAACGCCGCCUACUUCAAGGGUCUGUGGCAGUCCCAGUUCCCGGCCGAGAACACUCACAAGGAGGUGUUCCACAUUUCCUCUUCCGAACGAGGCUUCGUCAACAUGAUGAAGCAAAAAGGCAGCUUUAACUACAAGGUCUCUGAGCCCCUCGGCGCGCACGUGCUGGAGCUGCCGUACAAGGGCCACGACGUGUCCAUGUACAUCCUGCUGCCGCCCUUCGUCAAGGGCAUGGGCGUCGAGGGCACUGGCGGCGUGUCCGGAGGCGUGGACGGCAUCAUCAGCGCGCUCACCCCGGAGGCCCUGCUCGACCUCGUCGACGACCAGCUGAUGGCCAGGCAGGUUGAGGUCGCCAUCCCCACGUUCAAAGUGGAGCAGUCCGCGGACCUCGUCGGCACUCUGGAGGCGCUAGGCGUCGGUGACCUCUUCAAGCCGUCGGCCAAUCUGACCAGCCUGACGGGGCAGCCGGGCAUCACGUUCGACCGCAUCAUGCACAAGGCCAAGAUCGAGGUGGACGAGCAGGGCACCAAGGCUGCCGGGGCGACCGCGCUGUUCGCCUUCCGGUCGUCGCGGCCGCUCACCCCCAUCCAGUUCAUCUGCAACCACCCGUUCGUCUACAUGCUCUACGACAAGGGACAGAAGACGGUCCUGUUCGCUGGGGUGUAUCGCACUCCCAAGGCUUGAGCAGUUACUUUUCGUCCCCGAGUGAGAAUAAGUGUGCUUGUGUGUGUGCGUGUGUGUGUAUGUGUGUGUGUGUGCGCGUGUGUGCCUGUGUGCCUGUGUGAAGGAGGGGGAGUAGAGUAUGGGCUAGUUGCGUGGAUGAACGUGAGUGUGUGGCAUUGGACCUGAUAACUUGGCCGACCAUUUCCCCUUUACUCCACCCCUGCACCCCUCGAAAAGAGUCGCAGGAAGUCGUGAUCACGAUCUGGUGAACCACCCCAUCCCGUCAAGAGGGAAGUCCAAGAGACAAGUGACCGGCGCUGCCGCCAGCCAACCGUCGUCUACCGUCCCCGCCAGGUUACGCCGAUACCAGCCUGAAGCGGCUACGAGUUUCAGCUGGCAUGGAAAGUCGUUUCACAUCGCAACGACGUCUCCUUGACAAUCGAAUUCUAAGUCAUUUGUAUUUCUUUUUAAAAUGUCAUGAGAGCGUCGUGACCGUCACCCAUAAUUCCUUAACUGCUUUGCAAUGUCCACCGCAGGAAAAGUAACUUAUUUUGACUUUCAAUUUUCCCCAAAUAUUUUAUACACAUAAAUAACGCCAAAUCCUCAGAAAAAAAUAUUUGCACAAUCUGUAUUAUAGUGAUAGUAAUCAGUGUAAAACCGGCGGCAUUAUUUCUAGAUGGCUAGUAUGCAAUUGAGGGAUAAGCUAUUGUUUUAUAUCCAAAGUCAUUAUUUAGUGUGCAAGAAAUUAUCUGUGACAUGUGUCUGUCAUUGUAAAUAUGACCUUAAAUUCUGUGUUCAUCCAGUCAUGCAUUUGGUCAAAGUUGCAUGGAGAUGAGAAUGAACUAGCUAAUUUGAGAAAUUAACGUCCAUCCUGGUGAGUAUAUGUAUCAUUUAUUAGAAAAAUUUGCAUUCCGUAGUUUUGCAUUUUAUUUAUUACUUGUUUUUUAUGCAAAAGAGACUCAGGCUUCAGAAAUCUAUGACAUCUACUGUCAAGUCAAAUUUGUACUUAUUGUUUAUUUAAAUUUAUAUCUCUCCUCAUAGAAAAGAAGAGAGACUGAUUUGUAUAUUUUCUUGUUGAAUUUGUUAAGUUUAUCUUACCUUAUUUAUUCAAUUCUAGGCUGCACCCAAAAUAUUGCAGGGGAGUCUCGUGAAAGACCCCUUCUAAACGCUUACUCAGUUGUAGGCCACACCCCAGCUUUCGGGUUUCAAAAUCGGGAAAAAGGGUGCAGUCUAGAGUCGAAUAAAUACGGUACAAAAUUAUUGUUUAGUGACUGAACGUUGUUACCACUCCCUGUAGUGCUCUGAGAUGUCUCGUAACAUAGACAGCAUUGCAUGUGUAGUGUGGGCCAUCACCUACAAUGCAAGCAUUCAGUUAUUCUUAAUGUUUCUUUUUCUUUAAAAGAAUAUUUUUUCUUAACCUUACUCCACAAGUGCAAUAUUGUAUUUAAUUUAUUUAUGAGAUCUGAAAUACAAGAGUUUCAGUUACAGUA